UGCCGCGCCCCCGUCACGUGACAGGACCAUCAUGGCGGCGGCCGGAGGCCUACCCGGUUCCCGGAAGCAGGCUGUGAGGGGCGGGCGCGCUGCUGGAACAGGAGCCGGAGCCGGAGAGGCUAGGGCGGCCGGGCGGCCUGGAGCCGGACGUGUCCGGAGCGUCCCCGCAGACCGGGGCAGCAGGUCGUCCGGGGGCCCGCCAUGCUGGUGACUGCCUACCUUGUUUUUGUGGUCCUCCUGGCCUCCUGCCUGGGGUUGGAGCUGUCAAGAUGCCGGGCUAAGCCCCCUGGAAGGGCCUGCAGCAAUCCCUCCUUCCUUCGAUUUCAACUGGACUUCUAUCAGGUCUAUUUCCUGGCCCUGGCAGCUGACUGGCUUCAGGCCCCCUACCUCUAUAAACUCUAUCAGCAUUACCACUUCCUGGAGGGUCAAAUUGCCAUCCUCUAUGUCUGUGGCCUUGCCUCCACAGUCCUCUUUGGACUGGUGGCCUCCUCCCUUGUGGAUUGGCUGGGUCGCAAGAAGUCUUGUGUCCUCUUCUCCCUCACUUACUCUCUGUGUUGCUUAACCAAACUAUCUCUGGACUACUUUGUGUUGCUGGUGGGCCGAGCACUUGGUGGGUUGUCCACCGCCCUGCUCUUCUCCGCCUUCGAGGCCUGGUACAUCCAUGAGCACGUGGAGCGGCAUGACUUCCCUGCUGAGUGGAUCCCAGCUACCUUUGCCCGAGCUGCCUUCUGGAACCAUGUGCUAGCUGUAGUGGCAGGUGUGGCAGCUGAGGCUGUGGCCUGCUGGAUGGGGCUGGGGCCUGUAGCGCCCUUUGUGGCCGCUAUCCCUCUCUUGGCUCUUGCUGGGGCCUUGGCCCUUCACAACUGGGGAGAGAACUAUGAUCGGCAGCGUGCCUUCUCAAGGACCUGUGCUGGGGGCCUGCGCUGCCUCCUGUCGGACCGCCGUGUGCUGCUGCUUGGUACCAUACAGGCCCUGUUUGAGAGUGUCAUCUUCAUCUUUGUCUUCCUCUGGACACCUGUGCUGGACCCACAUGGGGCCCCACUGGGCAUCAUCUUCUCCAGCUUCAUGGCUGCCAGCCUGCUCGGCUCUUCCUUAUACCGCAUCGCUACCUCCAAGAGGUACCACCUUCAGCCUAUGCACCUACUCUCCCUUGCUGUCCUCAUCGUCGUCUUCUCCCUCUUCAUGUUGACUUUCUCCACCAGCCCCGGCCAGGAGAGUCCAGUGGAGUCCUUCAUAGCCUUCCUACUUAUCGAAUUGGCCUGUGGGCUGUACUUUCCUAGCAUGAGCUUCCUGCGGAGAAAGGUGAUCCCUGAGACAGAGCAAGCUGGUGUACUCAACUGGUUCCGGGUACCCCUGCACUUACUGGCCUGCCUGGGGCUCCUAGUCCUCCAUGACAGUGAUCGCAAAACAGGCACUCGGAACAUGUUCAGCAUCUGCUCUGCUGUCAUGGUGAUGGCUCUGCUGGCAGUGGUGGGGCUCUUCACCGUGGUAAGGCACGAUGCUGAACUGCAAGUGCCCUCACCCUCUGGGGAGCCUUAUGCCCCUGAGCUCUAACCCUGUUCCCGGACAAGAGGGCUGGGACAGACUCUUGAAUCCCACCUCUCCAUGGUUGUACAGAUCUCUCUGUGACUGACUUUGUGACUAUCUGGCCCCUCAGCCUGUCCUGGGGGCCCCUCUUGCCAGUGCUUUGUGUUGGGGAGCACAUGGGGGUGAUGGCCUGGAAAGAAGAUGCCAAAAGUUGCCUCUGUGUUACUCCCUUUCCCCUUUCCACUUAAAAAUAAAUACUUUUAACUGGUCA